GGUUGCAGAUUCUAUUUAACUGGUGGUCGGAAUGUCUAGAUACAGUGCACUUGUGAUACUAUUCUUCAAAUUUUGACCCUAUCUACUGCUCAAUCGACCCUUCUCCUCUCCCCGUCUGCCUGUUACCCGGCCAUAAACCUCCAAACAACCGGCACUAUGAUCGAUCUUUCAAUACAUAACAACCCAACACUUAAGUUCCGGCUACAUAUAGUCAUCGGCGCACUACUUUUCUUGAAUUUUAUUCUUAUCAUUGCGCGCUUGGCAAACCCAGGAACACCCGCGAGUCGAGCUAACACAUGGGGAAUCGCAGUGUGUGUCAAAUCGGCCGUCUUCAUGGCAUACCAGAUCGUGUCGACACACGUGAAUCGAUUCAAACGAUGGGCCAGCCCUAAAGCUAAUAUGAUUCUCAACAUCAUCGACACCAUUUUCUGGUUCGCCCUAUUCAUCAUCACCUGCAUGAGCACCGCCGGCUCAUGUAGCGGGAGCAGUUGUCCACUCGGUGGCCUUGUGGCGACUUUGGCGAUCAUUCUAUGUGGAUUUUCUGGUCUCUUGUCCUUUGUCUGUAUUCGCGAUCAUCGCUAUUUCAAGGCAAACGGAACCCUGCCGGGCAUGGCUAAGCCGGCUUCUCACGGUGGCGUAUAAGAAGUCUUGAACACACGGACACUUCGAUUAUUCAUGACGAUAUGAUUGUUUCCGUUGAGACUUUUGUGGGAUUCCAAUUCGCAUCUUUGUACGCCGUCGGGUCUGACGAAAGGGCUCGGUGUAUUUGGUAAACGG